AGACCCUCAUGUACCUGCCAUGGUCUUUUCUUUGAUGGUAUGAUGUGAACUCAAGGGAGCAGAGCAUAGGGGCACGUUGAUUGGUAAAGUGUUAGAGUGUAGGAAGGCAGUCAUUUCUUGAUCUUUUGGAUUGGCUGUCUUGUGUGUGAAAAAAAAAUGCUGUCUUGAGUUUAGGGCAUCUUGGUCCAUCGCUUAAGAAAUAAUGUGAUGGUUGAUUUUGCGAUGGUCUUGCGGUGUUGAGCACCUGAGCGUCCCAUCAUUCGCGUUAGAUGGAUGAAAGCAUGUUGAGUAUUGAAAUACAUUUACAGUAGGCAUAAUUGAAUGAAAUUGCUCUUGUUAAGAAAUAUUUGUGCACCAAGAGCCGUAUUGUUACUAUUCUGAUCAAAAUACCAUCUCUAGGAUCAGAUUAUGGAAUAUUGGAUGUAGAAAAAUUUAUAUGCUCCCAACAUCAGUUAGGUUAAUAUUGCUCAAAAUGUAGGUAUCCACUUACGUAUUUUCUAUAUAUCAGUUACCUGAAUUUAUUAUUUGUCAGCAACCUCACCUUGUACACAACAUUGCCUAAAACUUGCUGACAACUUUAAUAGAGCUUUAAUGAAAAUUUUUGUUUGGUUUGAUUUUAUUUAUAUGGGAACAUUUUUGUUUUAUUCUUUUGUUGCUGGGGAUUCAUGAAACUAAAAUUUUGUGUUUAUGAACAUCUUUUGUUACCACGCAUGCACAGGAAUUUAGUCCUUAUUCUUAUCCUGUCUAUCUUGAGUAUUAAAAUUUCAAAAUAUCAUCUCUAUGAUCAUAACAGAAUGUGCAAUCAUGCAUAACAUGAAUGCGUUUCUGUGUCUUGAAUGUAAACUAGUUAUCGUGCACGUGCAAAGCACGUUUUAGCAAUUCAUAUGCGAAAGUACAACAAUAAAAUGGGACCUUUUUCAUGCAGUGCACUCCAUACGAAUUCUUCCGGUAAAAAUUAGAGUUUCAUAUCAUAGUAUGAUCGCAAUUUGGAUGAUCUUUACAAAACAUGCACUUUGUAUCCUAGAGUGACAACAUAAGAUGCAGUGCACCAGCUGCCUUCAUUAACAGAAAUUCCAAAGCUUCGUAUGAAUGCCCCACAGGACAACUACAUAGAAACAUGUGCAUAGAUAUCUCAUGAAUCCAAAAAAAAAAAAACUUUGGAGCAUCUCUGGCUGAGAAAAUAAUUUGAAUCAUGACACUAUAUGAUCACUGUUUCUAUGAGAUUGCUAGAAUCACCAUCUGGUAAAACAAGUUCAUCAGCUAGCAUCUCAUAUUCUCAUUGAUAGAAUUGCAUUACAGAGAGGAAUACAAUAGCCCAUGGUUAGCAAUCUCAUGGCGGUUGACCUCAAACAUAUCAAAACCUAAGCUAAAGUGCAAAAGGAAAAGAGAAAAUUAAUAUGAUAUUCUGCCACCAAGCCACACCAAUGUUUGUAAUAUCCAUAGCAUGAGAAAUCUUUCUCCAUUCUGUGUAAAAUAAUGUUCAUUUCAAACUUGAAGAUCCAUUACUUUCCCACCAGUAUUGUUCCUAUCAAAACUUAAUUGAGAUACAUACGUUGAAAAACUAUAUAAUCAUAUCCAAAGUCUAAUGAUAAUGAAUUAAUGAAUAUAUAACUAUCGAAGAUCUUUUAUGUCUGAAGUGAGCAAAUAUAUUGAAAACUGCAUUGAAAGAUGAACAAGAUGCCAUGGAAGGUACCGAAGUAUUUCAUGGGACAUGCAGCUUUUAUACCAAUUUUCAUCAUCACAUUUUGUCUCCCUUCCAUAUCUCGUCCAAGAGAAACACAAAACUGAUCAAUGUGUAAAUUUAACUAUCAUCAAUCCCUCUCCAUAGCCUCUCCUUGGCCUUUUAGGCAUUGUGACAAACAACAUCAAUAAAGACAUAUACCUACUGAUGGCCACAUGAAUGAUUAUUGGAUGGCCAAUAUCUAUAAGAAAUUCUAUGCAAUUACAGGAACAACAAUAAUUGCAUUUAAUAAUGAGAAAAAUAUUCCCUCCAUAACGUUUAUUGCUGAAGAAUAGUUUGAUAUUUCAUUUUCCAAAACACUAAGAUAAUCAUUAUAUGUAUGGAACUGUCUAUAUGUGAAUUGUUUAUGAUGCAGUAUAAUAUUAUUAUAUUGAAGCUGCAACAUAGUGUUUCUAAAUUACCUGUCCUUGUUGACAAUGUUGACUUGCAAAGCCUAUCCUAUUAUUCAUCACCAAGGGAAGUGGCCAGCAGCAGCACAUUGGGAGAGGAAUGAGAUUAUAUGUAAUUCUUAAACAAAAAAGAAUAAUCUGUCACCUGUGUACAUCAACAAUGUAAAUUUUGAAGGUAGCAUCAUAACAUUAGCAUCACACUGCCAUAUUGUCAGAAAUCAGGAUUUCUCCUUAUUUCAGAGGAUUAAUUGAAAGCAGAGGAACCAAAAAUAAGUGCAUUAAAUAAACAAAAGGCUGCUCAUUAAUCUGAUGAGACUCUAUCGUUCCUAAUAUACAGACACAAGAUUUUGAAUUCAGACUUGAAUCUACAAUUCAACUGUCAGAUUGUAUGAAUUGGAGAUGGGGAUUCCAAACUCACCAACAAAUUCGUCACGGCAACAUCGAGCUGAAUCAGGUCUCAACAUGUCACCAUUCAGCUGAACAACAAAAUACAAAUAGAGGACCAAUGGGAAAUCAUAAUUGACACAUCGUUUGCCACAAAAAAGCUUGAGCAUAAGAAAUAGUGAAUGAUUAAAAAUGAAAAAUGAGAGUCAGCUGCCAGCAACAAACGACAUCGUCACGUAAAAGCACUUUUAAUACAUACGCUAUAGAUAGAGUAUUAUCACAGGCCAAUAUAAAUUGUCUGCAGGUAAAAUAAUGGUAGCAAACAAAUCAAAAUUUAGAAAAGCAAAAUAAUGGACCUGUCAUUGCAGAAUUUUGCGGUGUAGGGCUUAGUACAUUACCCAUUGAAAUUAAUCAGAAUGCAUGGUGAUUGUGCACUAUCAUAUCAUCGUAGCUCAAUAACUCCAAGUCUAUUUAAUUGAAUUAAAGGCAAAGUAUUAGUGAACUCUAAAAUAAAGUCCACACUCUAUUGGAUGCAAUAAAAUUUUGAUGUUUCUUUUAGCAUGAAAAUAUCAGAAGUACAAUUAAUUAGAAACGUGUGACAUAGAAAUACUACCUGUCAUUAUAAUGCUAUUCUGUUGAUUAAUGUGGAAAACUAUGCAGUUCUUUUGAUUUCCAUCUGAGCUUUGGAUUUCACCACAUGUGUCACCAGAGUUCAGUGCAAUAAAAUUUCUUCUACUGCCUAAAAUCAUACAUCAUGAAUUGUUGUGAGUACUAAAAGAAGUAGCAGCAUCUAAAAGUAUAGCAGGUUCUUUCCUGCUUGAACUUUCAGUUGCACCACUAUCAUGGCCAGAGUCUCCCAUUGAGUCAGUAGCAGUAGUUUUCACUUCUUAAUAAUAGUCUGUAUCUAGCGAAGAAAAAAAACUAUAUAAUAGCAAAACAGAAAUAUAUUGAACAUAUGUCUGCACUGCAGAUUCCUACAAAUAUGCAUACUGAUCAUGUCUCCUUAUCCAUCACACAAAGCAGCAUCAUCGUCGUGUCUGAGCCAUCUGCAGACAUGAACAGCAGGUGGAAUUAGCGUCAUGCUACCAUCGCUGGCCCCAGUGCCGCCCUUCUUGCUCCACCCAUGCCUAGCACAAAGGAACCUCCAUACACACACACCCGGCACAUACGGACUUUUGCAAACCUCUGCAUCCACCUACAUACAGACAUACAGCUCCAAGCACAUAUACAUCUGUGACAAACAACACACUGUUUUUUAUUUUCAUUAUAAAAAGUCAUGGUUCUUGAUCCAUCUCCACCAAUGCUUCUCCUAAUCAGAAAAAGGUAACACCAAUAAAAGAUUUGAUCGAUCUCCACCAUAUGCACAAAUCUAACAACACAAAUCAUCCCAGGGGUGACAGCAAAAGAAGGGUUGUGUGUUCUUUUUGGUGAUUGUUUCUAGGGUUUGAGCAGGAGAAAUAUUUUACAAAUCAAAGCAGUAGAUCGAAGCAAUACCUUGUGAGUGAUGCUCCUCCAUCACCUAGAAGAUGCUCGCCGACGGGGAGAUGCACGGCUUUGGUUCUUCCACACCGAAGCCGUUGUCGAAUCAGCCGUCCUGGUCGAAGCUGCGGGGAUGGGUAACAGCGGGGGCGAGUGGGCAAUGCCCUCCCAGUACCCUUUUCAUCAACCGCGGAUGGGGCCGAGGUCGGCUCUGGCCGCGGCGGUCGUGGUGGCGGUGGCGGCGGAAGGGGACCUCGACGGCGGCGGAUGGGGCCGAGGUCGGAACCGGCCACGGCGGUGGGGAAGAAGCAGCGGCUCCGGCGGCAGUCCACGCGGGGAGGAUCUCCAGCGAGGAUGCAGCGAUGUGGUGGCAGAACAUGCGGGGAGGAGGAGCAAGCGAGGAGGAGGAGAAGCGAAGUCUUCGCGGGUGGAGGAGGAGCAGCGAAAUAUCCGCGCGUGGAUGGAUCGCGCGGUGGUGAAAUCAUGCGCGCAGAUGGACGGUGGAACUGUUGUUCUAUAUGAUCGUAAAGUAGUCAGGAACUUCCGUAAGGAUGGCCAUAAUUGGAAAAAAAAGAAGGAUGGCAGGACGGUCCAAGAAGCUCAUGAAAAAUUAAAGAUUGGUAACGAAGAAAGGGUUCAUGUCUAUUAUGCUCGAGGUGAAGAUGAUCCAAAUUUCUUUCGAAGAUGCUACUGGCUACUUGACAAAGAUUUGGAGCGCAUAGUUCUUGUGCAUUAUCGGCAAACAGCUGAGGAAAAUGCAAUGGCUCCUCCGAACCCAGAACCUGAAGUUGCAGAUGUUCCUACAGUGAAUUUGAUCCAUUACACCUCUCCUCUGACCUCUGCAGAUUCAACCUCUGGUCAUACUGAGCUAUCUUUGCCAGAGGAAAUUAAUUCACAUGGUGGCAUAUCAGCUUCUAGUGAGACUGGCAAUCAUGAUUCCAGCCUGGAGGAGUUUUGGGCUAAUCUUUUAGAGUCAUCUAUAAAAAACGACCCAAAAGUUGUUACUUCUGCCUGCGGUGGUUCCUUUGUGUCCAGUCAGCAGAUUAAUAAUGGGCCGAAGAAUUCUGGAAACAUUGUCAAUACCAGUAUGGCAAGUAAUGCUAUCCCAGCACUUAAUGUGGUGUCAGAAACUUAUGCUACAAAUCAUGGCCUCAAUCAAGUAAAUGCAAAUCAUUUUGGAGCUCUGAAGCAUCAAGGAGAUCAGACUCAAUCUCUUUUGGCGUCUGAUGUAGAUUCUCAAUCAGAUCAAUUUAUAAGUUCUUCGGUGAAAUCUCCAAUGGAUGGUAACACAUCUAUUCCUAAUGAGGUGCCUGCUAGGCAGAACAGUCUUGGACUGUGGAAGUACUUGGAUGAUGACAGUCCUGGUUUAGGAGAUAAUCCAAGUUCAGUUCCACAGAGCUUCUGUCCAGUGACCAAUGAAAGACUAUUAGAAAUCAAUGAGAUCUCCCCAGAAUGGGCUUACUCUACAGAGACUACCAAGGUCGUGGUGAUUGGGAAUUUCUAUGAGCAAUACAAGCAUUUGGCUGGGUCUGCUAUGUUUGGUGUCUUUGGUGAGCAAUGUGUUGCCGGAGAUAUUGUUCAAACUGGUGUUUACCGUUUCAUGGUUGGACCACAUACACCUGGAAAAGUGGAUUUUUAUUUGACUUUGGAUGGGAAAACGCCAAUCAGUGAGAUUUGCAGUUUCACGUAUCAUGUUAUGCAUGGUAGUUCCUUGGAGGCUAGGCUGCCGCCAUCUGAGGAUGAUUACAAAAGGACAAAUCUUAAGAUGCAGAUGAGACUAGCUCGCUUGUUGUUUGCCACAAACAAGAAAAAGAUAGCACCAAAGUUGCUUGUAGAAGGCACCAAAGUUGCCAAUCUCAUGUCAGCAUUACCAGAGAAGGAAUGGAUGGAUUUGUGGAAUAUUCUUAGUGACCCAGAAGGCACAUAUGUUCCUGUUACUGAAAGCUUGCUUGAACUAGUGUUGCGAAAUAGGUUGCAAGAGUGGCUUGUUGAAAUGGUAAUGGAAGGUCAUAAGUCUACUGGUCGCGAUGAUCUAGGACAAGGAGCUAUCCAUCUGUGUUCUUUCCUAGGUUAUACUUGGGCUAUUCGAUUGUUUUCUUUGUCGGGGUUCUCCUUGGAUUUCCGUGAUUCUUCUGGUUGGACUGCUUUACACUGGGCUGCAUACCACGGGAGGGAAAGGAUGGUUGCCACUCUUUUAUCUGCUGGAGCAAAUCCAAGUUUAGUUACAGACCCUACUCCCGAAUCCCCUGCUGGACUCACUGCUGCUGAUCUUGCAGCAAGACAAGGUUACGAUGGCUUGGCAGCAUAUCUUGCUGAGAAAGGAUUGACUGCACAUUUUGAGGCCAUGUCACUGUCCAAGGAUACUGAGCAAUCACCAUCAAAGACUAGGCUAACAAAACUACAAAGCGAGAAGUUUGAGCACCUUAGUGAACAAGAACUUUGCUUAAAAGAAUCUCUAGCAGCCUAUCGCAAUGCUGCUGAUGCUGCCAGUAAUAUCCAAGCUGCACUCAGGGAGAGAACUCUUAAGCUUCAAACAAAAGCAAUUCAAUUGGCUAAUCCUGAGAUUGAAGCAUCUGAGAUAGUUGCUGCUAUGAAGAUUCAACAUGCAUUUCGGAACUACAACAGAAAGAAAGCAAUGAGAGCUGCUGCACGAAUACAGAGUCAUUUCCGUACAUGGAAGAUGAGGAGGAACUUCAUUAACAUGCGAAGACAAGUUAUCAGGAUACAAGCUGCGUACCGAGGUCAUCAAGUGAGAAGGCAGUACCGCAAGGUAAUAUGGUCUGUUGGAAUUGUUGAGAAAGCAAUUUUGCGAUGGAGAAAGAAGAGAAAAGGCCUUCGUGGGAUCGCAUCUGGAAUGCCAGUAGUUAUGACUGUGGAUGCCGAAGCAGAACCAGCAAGUACUGCAGAAGAAGACUUCUUCCAGGCCGGCCGGCAACAAGCCGAGGACAGGUUCAAUAGAUCUGUGGUUCGCGUUCAAGCCCUGUUCCGUUCUUACAAGGCACAACAGGAGUACCGGAGGAUGAAGAUUGCUCAUGAGGAGGCCAAGAUUGAGUUCAGUGAAGGGCAGCUAGGAGCAGCAUGCAGGAGUUGAAAUGGUUUUUAGGGACAGCUAGUUUCUCUAAUUCUUGUCUUGUACAUUAUUGGAAAUGCUAGAACAACCUGCAGUUUGCCGACGCUGUACAUUUUAGGACCAUCUGAAUGAUCUGAUACAGCUUUUGCUGACCCCUUAUGGCUGAUGAAUUUGAUGUUAGCCCUGUAGUAACUGUGGUGGUUUGCGUUUGGCUGGCUUUAAGCUGGACAUAAACAGCGUGUGCUUCAAUGUACAUGUAGAUGCAAUGCAAGUACAUAUCAUGUUGUAAAUGCUAAUAAGAUUAGCAAUAAUCAGCAAAGCCCUGAGCCAAUGACAAGGAGUGUGGUUUUUCUCUGUUU